GGAGAGGUGGGGGGGGGCUCUUUCGCCUCUUUCGGCGGGCAUGGCGCUGCUUCUCCUGCUGCUAUCCGGCCGGCGUUGUUGCUGCCGCCCUGGCGGCUGCGGCUUGCGUUUAGGACUUCGCCGACCUCCAGUACCCAUUGCUUCCCUUCACCGGGCUUUACGCCCGCCAGAGCCUCCCCCGUGGCCGGUCCUAAGACUUCCAGUGUGCCAUUUUUCUUCAAAAGCAAAUUCAAACAAGCUUACCUCUGUUUUGGUUUCAAAAAUCAAAUACCUGAAUCAGAAGUAUGAAAGAUAUUUGGAAAGGAAUUUCCCACGUUUCUAUCAGCUAUAUUCAACAUUUUUAAAAGGCUUACAGGUUUUCUUUUCAGAAGCAAAAGAAAUAAGAAGAAUAAAGGCAGACAUGUCAAAUAAAAAUAUCCAGUUCCAUCAACUUCCUUACAGAGAAAUGGAGAGACUAAGACAGUUUCGCAGGGAUCUUAUUAAAGCCAUUCCUGUUGGGAUUCUCUCUCUUCCACCCUUCGCCAACUAUUUAGUUCUUUUGCUUAUGUAUUUAUUCCCAAGACAGCUCUUAAUACGCCACUUCUGGACUCCUGAACAACAAGCUGAGUUUCUGAACACUUAUCACAAUAUGAGGAGGGAGGCAUAUACUGAAGUGAUUGAUGGUCUAACACAUCUGUCUCACUUCCCAGAUGAUCCUCAGCUUCGCCAACGGAUGCUAUACCUCUGCGAAAAGGUUCAGAAAGGAUUUCAUCCAGAUGUAACGGAGCUUAAAGCUGUGAGGAGUUUAUUUGUGGGGCAUCCCUUUGGUAUCCAACAGCUCACGGUUCAGCAUGUGAAAGUUCUCAGUCACGUUUUGUUCCUGACGCCUCGCUUGCCAUCUUUCUUCCUGAGAAAUCGCUUGAGGAGCCAUCUCUCUGAGCUGUAUUAUCUGGACCAGGCAAUGGUGAAACUAGGAGUAAGCCAGCUGACGGAUGAAGAAGUGCAAGUGGCAUGCUAUACCCGUGGCUUGAAUUCCGUUCAUCUUGAUCCAGCUGAUAGUAGGCGCUGGUUGAACCAGUGGCUAUCACUCUCCUGUUCACUAAGAGCUACCCUGGGGCAACAUCGGCCAUUUCUCUGUGUAACGAGUAUCAAAUUGUGGUGGGAAUUUGUCGUGUCAGAAGCUGUGAUGCUGCUACAGAAAGUUAACAGAAACAAGCAGACAGAUGCAUUGCAAGGAGGGGCCACAGAGAAGAUGGUUAUAAAUAGAAAAAUGCUUAGACUGCAAUACCAGGAAAGAUUAGUGUUCUACCCAUAAAACUAAUGAAGUUCUUAGCUAUAAAAACAUAGCAAAAAUAAAAUUUGUGUUUAACCUUC